UAUGAUGGAGACUCACAAAGAAUAUACAAGAUAGAUGUUAUAAAGACAAUUUUUUUUUUCUAUAAUUUUUGUGGCUAUAUGAAUAGGGUUUUGUAAUUCUUAAAUCUUGCUUUCAUUUCACCGCUUUUUGUCAUUAACCUACCAUUCACCUUAACAUUGAAAGUUUUAGAGUCAUUUAGACAAAUUCAUACAAAGUAGUUGAUUCGUUCACGCACACAUCUUUUUUAAGGAAAAAAAGACAACAAAGUUUUUUGUAUUAUUAUAAUUUUUCCUUUGACAUAUCAAUAGAAUGAAUCCCAUUAUUUGCUCUAGAAUUAAAUCCCCAUCUGUCGAAUGUAUAAGAAAAAUCAUUUUUUCCUGACGUGUUUGUAAUUAACCAAAAUUAUGCAUCCCCACUGUUUUCAUUCCUCGUUUCAUUCUUUCCAAUUACAUCCAACGUACCAUGUAUGAGAAGAAAAUCGUUCAUGACCCAUCAUUCCUUACCUCAAACAUUUUCAAUAGACUUAGUGAAACUGCAAAACUGAAAUUAUCUUCUUCAUUUUCUACAAGUUGUUUUGAUUCCGACAGACUUUACGUCAGCAUUUUUAAUACCAGCGCUCUACUUGAAAAUCUUUACAAAAAACAAAUUCUGUCCAAUGUUUUCACACAAGAAUUUUGUAAAACGUUAAAAGCUUUCGAAUUACUCUUUAACGACCACUGUGUAUUUGCUUAUUUUACUAUAAGAAACUCCAACGCUCUAGUUACGAAUUUGUUUCAACACAACGAGAAAUAUUCGUCUAAUUUUUUAAUGUCGACUCCAAAAAAAGUUUUGUCGCAGAAAUGGGAAACAUCAUUUCAUACCAUAAAAAACUUUAGGUCGUUUCCGCAUUAUCGUCACUGCAUUAUCUUACCAAUAACAACCUAUUUCAUUCAAAGCCUUUACAUUUCUCAGAUCAAUAUCAUUUUUUUAUCACGAGAAUGUCUAUCUAUAAGACUAUUUGUUUCAUCAAAAUUGUGUACAUUAGAGAAGAGCAUUCUUAAAGCUUUGACCUACACACAUUUCAGAGCCAAUAAUGUCAUAGUUGUUCGUGAAUAUGUACCAGUACCAAUGAAACUUUUCAGUAAAAGCAAUUCACUUUUACAAAGUCAUACUAAUUUAACCUUAAGCGAGGAAUUCCUACAGCAACUCGCACCAUUCAUCCGAUGGGUUAUUCGCAAUCAUCAACAAAUAGACAGUCGCGUUAACAACAGUAUAAGAGUGCCUACUCACGACGAGUCGAUUGAAGCGUUUUGGAAAAAACUUUACGAACAUGAAACGGAACUAAUUAUAGCUCCACUCAUUUCAUUACAUAUACCCUUAUCCGAUAUCAUUCUAGUUCCUAUACAUCAUGGUAAGAAAAACACAUUAUCAGCAAUCGGUUUCAAUCCUGAAAAUGUAAGCCAAAAACGCCGUUUAAUGAUUAUUACUUGGAUUCGAAGUUUUGUGAAUGAUAUGCAAUGGCAUGAAAGUACAUUCUUUGUCGCGGUGCAUAUAUUAGAUUCCUAUGUUGCAAAAUUGUUCCAUUCAUGCUCAUUUAAAAAUAGAAUUUCAACAAAAACGGCCUUCCCGCCCUUUUAUGUUUCAAUUUCUGAGAUUAUGUGCAAUGCUAGUGUGAAUCCUGAUUUUAAUUGGUCGUUAGCGGGAGCUGCAGCUUUAUGUCUAGCAGUGGCACUAGAAGAAGAGCAUACGGAAACGUUACGAGCAAGAAAAAAAAUUAUAGGAUCUCAAUGGUUUCUUGCAACACAAUUAAAUGCUACAAAAGGUAGUAUGUUGUCGUGUUUAACUCAUGGCUUUCUAAUCAUGCAAACACCAGAAGACUUUUUAUACUAUUUUCUAGCAAACAUGAAAAAUUCACUCGCUUAUAAACAUAUGUAUUGUAGUCUUAAAACUGUUCCUCAAGACACACACAUUUUUGACUACAUUCUUUUUUGUAAACAACACGUUAAACCUUUCAAGAACUUCUCUUUUACCAUGUUCGAGUUACAAAAGCAACAAAUCUUUUCUAUUUGGAAUCCGUGUUCAAAAGAACUUAAUCAAAUGUAUACAAUUUGUUUAUCAACCUUAGCGGGUUUAGUACGCUUUGUAUUACUCUCAACAUGUGUAGCAUUUAUGACAGGAUUUUACUCAAUGUUACCAACGAGUCGCCUAACCGCUGUUUGUUUAGUUAUCGGAUUGUCGUCAUCCAUAUGCCCUCAGCUUUGCAAUAAUUUGAAUUUAUUAAAUCAAUUUUGUCAAGAUAUCUUGCACUUUGACAAUGUAAAGGAAUUCAUCUCGACCAUAACUUUUUGCCUACCGCUUUUCCAACAAUCAAUUCAUGAUAUUUUAAAUCAGAAACGCACAUGCAUUGCGUCUUCUUCUGCAAUUUUCUCUACCUUUGAAAAUUUUUCUUACCAAAUCAAUUCUAUAGUAAAACAACUGUCAAACUCACCGUUAAUUUACCCAAAUCCCUAACAAAUCGUUCGUUCAAUGGUUUUCUCUAUUAAAUUAAUUCUUUUUUGUAUAUAGACAAAAUAACAAUUCAUUUCUUAUUUAAUCGAUCAUAAAAAUACUCCAAAUAUUUUCUCGUGAUUCACUUUUACAUUUUUCAGCUCCUUCGCAGUGAACGUUCACAUGCCACUUUCAACGAAAAUUAUCUUUUGAGUAUGUAUUUUAGGUUAAAACAGUUUAAAAAUUUUUAUCAAAGCCCAUCAAUCAAUGAUCACAUAUAAUUUUUCUUCUUUUAACUCCAUUUCAAAUCUUUCUCAUAUUCCAAAUUUUUAGCCAUACUCAAUCCUAUAAUAGACAAUGUUUUCCGAUGCAUUAAAUUGUUUUUUGAAUUAAAAAAAAAAAAAAUAAUUACUGUUGAAUAUAAUCACUUAUAGGUUUUAA